CUAAAAGCAAGUUUCUGUUAUUGGGUCCUUGGCUUCCCUAUCUCAUGCGAGUGGUAGUUUACUCAUUGACGUUUCACUUGCAGCUGCCCUGUGGUAGGCAGGGUAGGAUGACCCACAGGAAGUCAUGGUGACUACGCAUAGCUGAAAGUGAUUGUCCCACUACUCUUCAGAUCAGGUCAGACUCUUCGGUGGACAUGAAUGAUGGUGAGAAGGAGCUCUCACCUACCAUUUGGUGCAGUUCUAAAGGGAUGCAAAGGACUAAAGAUUGUGUUAAUACACCAGAAGGAGCAACUGCAUGGUUUGGCCCGAAUCCCCCACAGAAAAACUUCAUCCAACUAGACCAAACAGACAAUCUGAAGACCUUCCUGAAGGGGGAGCCUCAAGUACUGGGGGUGGCUCAGAUCCUGAUUGGUUUGAUGAAAGUGUGCCUAUUUGCUAUAGGUCUGCGUUUUCGUUCUUCUGACUUUUCCCAUUGGUGUUAUUCCCCAACCAUGAGCUCAGGAUAUCUUAUAUGGGGAUCCUUAUUUUUCUUUGUGUCUGGAGCUGUGUCUAUUGCUGCUGGAAGAAACAUGACAUUAAACCUGAUCAAAGGCAGCCUGGGAGUGAACAUACUCAGUGCUGUGGUUGGGGGAGUAGGGAUAAUCUUGUCAACAGUAGGACUGACUGUGGUACAUGAAUUGGAAAAAAGUUGUCUUAUUCUUAGGGCACUUGAGAUUGGGCUACUAGUCCUCUCCCUGCUGGAAGUCAGCAUCGCUCUCUCUCUCUCUGUGUUUGGGUGCAAGGUGACCUGCUUUGUCACACAGGUGGUGGUUAUUAAGCCAAACAAUGACAAGGUGCCCUCGGUAAUGGCCCCUUAUGAACAUAUUUAUGAGGACCUGGAGUUUUAACAGGAUAGUUCCUGCUUUUAGAAAAAUUAUUCAUUGAGUAUCACUAGGUCAUUAAUAACCUGCCCGCUGGAAAGCAGUCACAUUUGUGCAUGGGAACAUAAUUAUUACAAAACCAAAUAAAAUACAUUUUUCCCUCUA